AUGGCAACGGAAACCGCCCUUCCUCCAUCAGUCCUGGGUGCGGAUGCGCCCAAAGCGGUCUCCUUUUCAAGCUCGGAUGCGCCGAUCCAGGCUGUGANCAGCAGCACGAAGCAGUGUCUAAUUGCUGUCGUCGUCGACAUCCUUAACAAUAUGGCAACGGAAACCGCCCUUCCUCCAUCAGUCCUGGGUGCGGAUGCGCCCAAAGCGGUCUCCUUUUCAAGCUCGGAUGCGCCGAUCCAGGCUGUGACCGUGUUCUGCAAGGGCAAGGCUGAAGUCACGCGUGUCAUCAACUUCUCUACGCCGUCUAGCCUCGGUCGCCAUGAGGCUCGUGCGUUACAGAAGAACGGGGGGCGGUCCAUCAUCACCAGCUAGAAAGAGGGGUGGUUGUUGUUGUUGUUGUCUUCACAUUAAGGGUACCCAGACAAGGGAUUUUGACGCUGGCUCUUUUCUCAUACUUUAUAACAGUACAAAGAAAGAAAACAACCUUCCCGCCGGAGGAACCUGGUCCGUUGUGCUAGUAUCAGUAGAGGAUAUCAUCAAGAGGCGUCGUGCGUGCUGGCACGUUCAGGUAUACUACUGGGGCUGAAAUAUCGAAGGUCGCAGCAGCCUCUGAAAACGGUCCGAAAUCUGCGCCGGAACCAAGCGGAACCCAACACUUGUCACAGCGGUGCUCACCACCACGGACCGCAAACCCCUCAACUGCGGGUUGUCAGCAGUAGCUGGUGGCAUCAGCUACUGCUGUAAACCUGCAGUUCAGAAGAUUGGGUUCAGUGGCGGCGAGCACAAGCAGUACAAGACACUGGGUGUCGAUCUAACUUGCGGAGAUUUGCGGAGAUUGUGGGCCACUACAACGACACUCGAUACCACCACCACAGAAGAAGUUUUGAGCGCGCCAACACACCCCCCCGCUGCUAUAGGGUGUCCUCUAGUGAUAUUGGUACAAUGGACCAGGUUCCUAGCAAC